AUGGCCGAGGCGGCCGCGGCUCCGAUUUCUCCCUGGACAAUGGCAGCCACCAUUCAGGCAAUGGAGAGGAAGAUCGAAUCGCAGGCUGCCCGCUUGCUCUCCCUAGAAGGUCGAACAGGAAUGGCCGAGAAGAAGUUGGCUGACUGUGAAAAGACGACCUUGGAGUUCGGGAACCAGCUGGAGGGCAAGUGGGCCGUGCUGGGGACCCUGCUGCAGGAGUACGGGCUGCUGCAGAGGCGGCUGGAGAACAUGGAGAACCUGCUGAGGAACAGGAACUUCUGGGUCCUGCGGCUGCCCCCGGGCAGCAAGGGGGAGGCCCCCAAGCUGGAUGAAUGGCAGAAGGAACUGUACAAGCACGUGAUGAGGGGCAACUACGAGACACUGGUCUCCCUGGACUACGCCAUCUCCAAACCCGAGGUCCUCUCCCAGGCCGAGCAAGGGAAGGAGCCGUGUGGCUGGCGCCGUACAGCCCCCAAGGUUCCAGAUGUGCCUGUGGACCCCAGUCCAGGCUCGGGAGCCCCGGUUCCUGCCCCUGACCUCUUAAUGCAGAUCAAGCAAGAGAGCGAGCUCCAGCUCCAGGAGCAGCAGGCUCUGGGGGUAGAAGCGUGGGCAGCCGGGCAGCCAGAUAUCGGGGAGGAGCCAUGGGGCCUCAGCCAACUGGAUUCCGGAGCAGGAGAUGUAUCUACAGAUGCUGCUUCUGGCGUGCACUCCAACUUCUCAACCACUAUCCCACCUACUUCCUGGCAGGCAGAUCUCCCUCCCCACCACCCUUCCUCCGCAUGCUCAGACGGGACCCUGAAGCUCAACACAGCGGCCUCCACAGAAGCAGAUGUAAAAAUUGUGAUAAAAACUGAAGUUCAGGAAGAGGAGGUGGUGGCCACACCAGUGCACCCUACUGACCUAGAGGCCCACGGGACCCUAUUUGGACCAGGCCAAGCCACAAGGUUUUUCCCUAGUCCUGUCCAGGAAGGCGCCUGGGAGAGCCAGGCCAGCUCCUUCCCCAGCCAAGACCCUGUGCUGGGGCUCAGAGAGCCCACCCGGCCUGAGCGGGACCUAGGAGACCCCAGCCCCGCCGUGGCCCAGGACGAGGCCCCACCCGGGGACUGGCUCCUUGGGGGAGUCCGAUGGGGGUGGAAUUUCAGGUGUAAACCUCCUGUGGGUCUGAACCCGAGGACUGGGCCCGAGGGGCUGCCCUAUUCCUCCCCUGACAACGGGGAGGCUGUGCUGGACCCAGGCCAGGCCCCGAGACCCUUCAGUGACCCCUGCAAAUACCCUGGCCGGACCAAAGGCUUUGGCCACAAGCCUGGCCUGAAGAAGCACCCGGCCGCGUCGCCCGGGGGCCGGCCCUUCACCUGCGCCACGUGCGGGAAGAGCUUCCAGCUGCAGGUGAGCCUGAGCGCGCACCAGCGCAGCUGCGGGCAGCUGCCCGACGGGGCGGCCGGGGCGGCCGGGUCUGCGCGGGAUGGAAGCGGCCUGCGGUGCGGGGAGUGUGGACGCUGCUUCACGCGGCCAGCUCACCUGAUCCGACACCGCAUGCUGCACACGGGCGAGCGGCCCUUCCCCUGCACGGAGUGCGAGAAGCGCUUCACGGAGCGCUCCAAGCUCAUUGACCACUACCGAACCCACACGGGUGUGCGGCCCUUCACCUGCACCGUCUGCGGCAAGAGCUUCAUCCGCAAGGACCACCUCCGCAAGCACCAGCGCAACCACACGGCCACGGGGGCCAAGGGCCCGGCCCGGGGCCAGCCGCUGCCUCCCCUCCCAGCCGCUCCCCCGGACCCCUUUAAGAGCCCUGCCUCCAAAGGACCCUUAGCCUCCACAGACCUUGUGACCGACUGGACUUGUGGCCUGAGUGUCCUGGGACCCACCGAGGGCGGGGACCUGUGA